AUGAAUCGUUGUGGGAAUUUAAACAUCCCAUACCCAUUCGGCGUGAAAGAGAAUUGUUAUCGCAGCGAAGAUUUCUUCAUUAAUUGUAGUGAUUCCCAACCAUAUUUACGGCAUAGCGAUAUCACUAUUUCAAAUAUAUCGCUUGAGGAGGGUGAGUUACGCAUCAUGAAUUACAUAUCUCGUAAUUGUUAUGACCGGUUAGGUACACCAUUACAGAGCAACUUUUAUGGAUGGCUCGUCGCCACCAAUUUCUCCAUAUCUAGUACCAAGAACAAGUUCACUUCUAUUGGUUGUGACACAUAUGGGUUUCUCCAUAUUUUAGUAAACGAGAGUUUAGUUUUUACAACUGGGUGUGUGUCAAGUUGUAUGAGCAACUCCUACGUUCCUGAUGAUGGAUCUUGCUCUAGAAUUGGUUGCUGCCAGACCUCAAUCCCAAAACGACUCAGCCAUAUUGAAAAUGAUGCGCAUAGCUUCAACAAUCAUACAGAUGUAUUGGACUUCAAUCCGUGCAGCUAUGCCUUUGUUGUUGAAGAAGCUGCGUUUAAUUUCUCCACAACUUACCUUCAAGAUUUUAAAGAAACCAAGGUGCCGUUGGUGCUUGAUUGGGGAAUAGGGGAUAAUAAGACAUGCGAUGAAGCUAAGAGAAAUUUGACAAGUUAUGCAUGUGGAGAUAAUAGUGAUUGUUAUGAGGCAGAAAUUGGUAAUGGGUAUAUCUGCAAGUGUUCCAAGGGUUACGAAGGGAACGCAUACCUCUCAGAUGGUUGCAAAGGUGUCAUGACCUCAUCUGCCCCUAGUAGAAUGGUUGUAAUCAUCUUCCUUUCAUUUAUCGAGUUGUCGUAA